UUAUCUGCGCCUACAUGUUGAGCUGCGCUGCACACCGGACCGAGCCAGAGAAGAGAGCCGAGCACCUCCACAGACAACCCAAUGCUGACACCCGAACCGCCUUUUCACUCCUGCGGAUUUUAAAACUCUGCAGCUCCAAACUCCAGGAUGGAUUUUUUAGAGCGCGGCUACCUGGAAGCGCGUUCUCCUUAUGAUUACACCUUUAAUUUUUGGAACGACUACCUCGGCCUGUCGACACUUGUCGCCAAGAACAAGAGCCCGUCCUGCAGCCCCAACUCUAUCACCGAGUCCCUGAAAGCGACCCUGGGCUUGGAGGAUGACUCCCCGGUUUGCUCCUGCGUAAUUGGGCACGGCAGGGACGGCGACGGACACUUGGAGUGCUGCUGCGCGGCUCCUGGCUCCCCGCCGAUCUCCAUCUACGACCUGAAGGAGCGCAUCUCGCUCCUCAGGCCGUACGAGCAACUUGCGGGUGAUUCGCAGCUGGCGGACAGAGAUUCACAGUCCUACAGGGGAAGCUUCGCCGGGCUCGACCUGCUCUCCAUGGACAGGAGGCGCAAACAGACUCAGAGAGGAAAACCCGAGCCGAAGGUGUGCGUCUUCUGUCGGAAUAACGGCGCGCCGGAGGAAGUUUACGGCACCCACAUCCUGAAGACAGCGGACGGGAGGGUCCUGUGCCCCAUCCUCCGGGCAUACACCUGCCCCCUCUGCAGUGCCAACGGAGACAAUGCGCACACCAUCAAGUACUGCCCGCUGUCUAAAGACCAGGCGAGCCAGAGGAUGGCAAAGGGAGGCAGAUCUGUGGGGAAGAGGCUGAAAAUCUUCUAAAAAAAAAAAAAAAGAAGAGAAGCUGAAUGAAGUUUGAGUUGCACUGUAAAUUACUAGCGUGUGCGGCGGUAAUCUUCGCCCCCCCUCAUUUCAUGCACAAGACAAGUCUGGAGAGAGAUUUAAAGACAAUUUUUUUUUGUAUUGAUCUUCUUUUGACGUGUCACAGCUUCAUUUAGUCUCUCCUGUUACUCUAUGGGCACAUAGUUUACACCUGGACGCAUUACGCGCAGUAUCCUUCCUCCUCCUCCUCCUCCUCCUCCUCCUCCUUCUGCAGCACUCUUAAAUGACUUGGUGAUCAAAAAAAAAGAAAGAAGAAAUGAACCAAAGUACUGUACAGAUCGACCUGUGAAUGACCAACCUUCAUGCUGUAAUCAGAAGUUGCCAGAACAAACAAAAGCCUGCUCUGCUCUCUGGGGGCUCAUGAGAUGCCAACAUGAAUGAAUAUGCAGCACUCCUGAUAUGAGAUGAAUGUUUUAAGUCCCAUAACUUGGAUGUGAGAAGAUACACUUCUUUAUAUCGAAGCACAUUUUAGUUUUUUUUCUUCUUCUUCCUGAGAUAAAUGUUUUCUACCAAAGGAAUACACUUUUUGUACUGACACUUAGCUCUUGUUCUCUUGUUUAUAUAUGUAUGUUGGAUGUCUUAUAUCCUUUACGUGACUCUGUGUGGAUAGAAUUUUGCAGAUAUCAACUGAAUGUAAAGACGGCAGGAGGCGAGAUGUGACGUUCAGUUUCACCCACAAGCUCUUUUCAAGUAGCUCCAAGCUUUCAGUUUCCUGUCAGACGGUCACAGCACACAGAUUCCUGAAUUUGAACGUUUUCUUUCACCUGGUAUUCUUGUAAAUGUGUCAAAAGGUGGGGCGGAAACUCAGCCCGACAUUCCAAAGUCUUUAUCUGUCAAUAGAAAAUGUUUUAUGUACUUAUUUUUACCUUAUGUAUCAUUGGGAAAUAUAUUCACUGUAAAUGACCCUCUGAAUAAACAUGUCAUUUGCAUUUU